AUGGUGACCGCUCGAGUUCUCUCCGUGAAAAAACUGUCCAAGAACCAAUGGCUGAAGCAGCUCGCAAAACAGAUCUCUAUGUACCCUUCUCCAAAACUUGUCAAGGAGGCUGAAUUAUACUGGAUAAGACAAGCACAGCGAGAUGUUGACUUCCAGGAUCCUAACAUCAUGAAACUGGACCCAUUCUUCGAUGAAGAAGACCAAGUCUUCCGUGUUGGCGGACGAAUUGACAGGGCUCCAUUGUCAUAUGAUGUGCGACAUCCUUAUCUUCUCCCUAAGAAGAGCCACAUCAGUCUGCUGAUUGUGAGAGAUAGACAUGUACAUGCCCUUCACGGGGGUCACUUGAGAACGGCAACAGAAGUUAGGAAGCAUUACUGGAUUGUCGGAGACGUGAACAUAUCCAAACGCGUGGUGUACGACUGUGUCGUAUGCAGGAGACACAGAGGCAAGCCAAUUCAACAGAAGAUGGCUGACUUGCCAGAAUUCCGAGUCACUCCUUGCUCACCCCCAUUCAAGACUACAUUGGUUGAUUACCUUGGACCAGUGAAUGUAAAGCUGAACCGGAAUACCACGACAAAGGGCUACUGUGCUGUGUUCACGUGUGCAGUGACCAGAGCCGUGCACCUCACCUGUGUUCAAGACCUGUCUACACAAGCGUUCCUACAGGCACUAGAACGGUUCAUAAGCAUCAGAGGGGCGCCAUCCUUGCUGGUCAGCGAUAAUGGCACUGCCUUCAGAGGAGCUGAUAACACCAUCAAUGAACUGAACUUGAAACUGAAUCAGACAGUACUGAAGGACCAUUGCCAACGGUACAAUGUUCAGUGGAAAUUCGGACAUCCAGGAGGACCUCACCACCAGGGGGCCGUUGAACGAUUGGUCCAAGAAGUUAAGAAAGGUAUGAGACAUAUGAACAACCACCAGUGA